CAAAUCUCUAUAUCCCCAACCGCUCAAACCUCUCCUGAGAUAUACGCACAUCAUGCCUACGGAGUUGGAGGAGUUGCUCGAGUUUUUGCAUCAUGGAAAUACUCAAAUCCGACAACUUGCCUGCGACCAUCUUGUCGGCCACUCUGCAGACCCGGCCAUUUUUAAGAAACCUCAACUCGUCCCUGUCAAAGACUUGAAACUUCUCGUUAGAGACUAUCCUCCCAUAGCCAAAAAUGCUCUUACAAUUUUAAUCAACAUCAGCCACGAUACCGAAAUCCUCGAGAACCUGGCGGUAGACGAUGACUUUGUUGAGACACUGCUCAAGAAGAUAACAGAUCCGAAAGAGCAAACCGCUGAUGAGAUUGCCAUGCUCCUCUCAAACCUUGCCAAAACGGAUCAUAUGGAGAAGUUGAUUAGCCUGAAGCGAGCCUUGCCCGCCAAAAUUGUAUCUACGUCUCCAUAUGCGCUCGACCAGCUGCUCGAUUGCUUUGUGAAAGGGGCCGACGGGUCUCUCAACAAACACGCAAACUUCGACUAUCUGGCAUAUUUCUUAGCCGACCUGUCAAAACACAAAGUCGGUCGGGAUUAUUUUCUGAGCAAAAGGGAUUAUGACGGGGUGGUGCCCAUAAGCAAAUUAACAGUCUUCACGGAGCACAAAAGCCACAUUCGGCGGAGAGGGGUUGCCAGCACAAUUAAGAAUGUUGCCUUUGAAGUUGACAAACACCCUCUACUCUUGGCCGACGAUACCGAAACCGUUGAUGGGGUACCUGGCGUCAACAUAUUGCCAUACAUCCUCCUCCCCCUCGCUGGGUCAGAAGAGUUCUCAGAAGAAGAAUCGGCCAAUAUGCUCCCAGACUUGCAACUCCUGCCGCCUGACAAGGCUAGAGACAGUGACAACGAUAUUCUUGUUACUCAUCUCGAAACGUUGUUGCUGCUAACCACUACGAGGGAGGGACGGGAGAAGCUACGAAAGGUGCAGGUGUAUCCGCUGAUUAGAGAGACGCACAUGCACGUCAAGGACGAGGGUGUCAGGGAGGCAUGUGACCGCCUAGUACAAGUUCUCAUGCGAGACGAGGAGGAGAGGCCAAAGGUCGAAGAGGUGGAUGAAGACGAGAAGAUAGAAGAGAUAUUUUGAAGGGGACGAGACCUAGGACCGUAAGCCCCGGAUUUAGUGAAUUUCCGUGCCAAGCACUACGGCGGGCUCUUAAAGCCUUUAAUGGCAGAUACUACGG